GCGCAUCAGCAUCGAGUCGGCCUGCGAGAAGCAGGUGCAGGAGGUGGGGCUGGACGGCACCGAGACCUACCUGCAGCCGCUGUCCAUGUCGCAGAACCUGGCGCGCCUGGCGCAGCGCAUCGACUUCAGCCAGGGCUCGGGCUCCGAGGAGGAGGAGGCGGCGGGCGCCGAGGGCGACGCGCAGGACUGGGCGGGCGCCGACCCCGACGACGACGAGGGGCUGGUGAAAUUCCAGCCUUCCCUCUGGCCGUGGGACUCGGUGAGGAACAGCCUGAGGAGCGCCCUGACAGAGACGUGCGUGCUCUACGAUGUCCUCAGCAUCGUCAGGGAGAAGAAGUUUAUGACUCUUGACCCUGUCUCUCAGGACACGCUUCCUCCCAAACAGGUGUGUGCAUGCUCGGGGAGCGUGGUGCCGUGGUAGCCAGCCCCAGCGGCGCUGCCAGGCCGUGCCCCCUCCGUGUCACUAAGUCCAGAUGAAGAUGUGAAGAGGUUGAAAGGAAGGCGUGACACUGCGCCUCCAUCUGUGAUGUCAUCGAUGGGUCUGUGGUCCUCGGAAGGGUUCGGUUUCAUUAAUGACAUAACUUUAUCAGGUCCCCGAACCGUAACAGGCCCUUCCAGCUUGGGUCCCGGAUCUGUAGUGAAAGCGGGAUAGUAUCGACAUUGGAGGCCCAGACCCUCCUCUGCCCUCACUCGUUGUGUGACUUGGUAUCGUCUUUAAGUCUGUCUCCCACUGACUCUC